UAAAGAGGCGGUCAAGUUAGCCUACUUAACUUCCUCUUUGCUCGCUGUCUUUUCCAGUUGGGUAAUACUUCCCGUUUAUUUCAGGGCUGGCUUCAGUUCCUGUUACUUGAUGGCUGAAAAACAAAGUUAGUGAGACAAUGCGGUGCAGUGUAGGGGACAGUCGACAUUAUCAGACAGAAAUGUAUUUCUUUCUAGUCAUAUUGAUGCUGGGUGUAAUCCCCUCCAUUUGUAAAGGCCAACAUGAGAACACCUGCAACGUUGUCCCCAAAGAUAUAUACAUUGAAGUGAGAUCUGAUAUUGAUGUAGUAUGCCAGACUUCAUGUGUCCAUGACAAAAUCUUCUGGACGCUCAACAACAGGCCUGUAGAUAAAAGCCUGUCAAACACUAUCAACUCGUCACACACAGUCCUGUCACUGAGGAACUUCACCCACCAAAGCGCUACACUGCUGUGCCGCAGUGAAAAUACUCAGCAAGUCCUUGGAGGCACCACCAUCAAAACAUACUCAAAACCCAGCAAAAUAUCAUGCUUUUUGCAUGGAACAGAUCAGACAACUGAAGGUUCACCAGACCAGAUCACAUGCAAGUGGGAGCAUCACUUUAAUCCUUCAAAGAAAAUAAACUACAUACUCAAUGCCUCUUCGUCAGUGCUUACCAAUCAACCUACCUUUGAAAUCUGCAAGAGUUCUUCAACAAACUGCACCAAUAUAAUUAAUCUCAAAUUGUUUGAUCACAAUAUUACUGUGAGAGCUAAAAUUGAUGAUUAUUUGGAAGUUGAUUCUGACCCUUACACGUUUCACCCAAAUGAUAUAUUGAAAAUGAUACCUCCGCAGUUAAAAGUAACUCCCGUCUCUGAUGAUCUGUUGGUUGAGUGGAGACGGGCACGUUUAUCUCAAAAGUGUCACUGUCAAGUCAAAUACAGCAAGGCUGUCAAUGAAAGAACUUCAGAAGAAGAGUUGGUGCUCAAUGAGACUCUAAAUGGAAACGAACACGGGAAGGUGACCAUUGAAAAAGUUGAAUCCUGCAGUAACUACACAUUUUCAGUCCGCUGUGCUUUAGACAAGGCCCCCUGGAGCGACUGGAGCCAGAAGAUAGUUCUUACCACCAAACUAAACAAGAGGGAUGUCAAGCUGCGCCUGUGGAGAAAGAUAGCUGAACUGGAGAAAAAUGGAGUUAGAAAAGUUCAUGCCAUGUGGACGGAAAUUCCUUCAACAUGUCAAGACACAUUUACCUACACUAUCAAACAGACUCCCUACAAGGAACACAUGAUGGGAGUAAAUUAUACGGAUACUUUAUGUGGCAAGUCGACUUGCGAUGUGAACCAAGAUGCACACAGAAUACACCUCACAGUCCAAAAUAAAGCCCCGCUUGAGUUUAUGGACUCAGUGUAUGUUCCAGCCAUUGGAGAAAGCCUCCCUCAAGUUACCGACAUCCAGACCUCAACCCUUGAAGGCGUUAUUCUGGUCAGCUGGAAAGCUCCUAUUCAGCCUGUCAGUGGUUACAUGAUCGACUGGACCCACAAUGGAAAUCAAUACCAGUGGAAGGAGAGCAACGACACUAACACAACACUGUCCAACCUCCUGGAUAAGACGCCAUACAAUAUUACAGUAACUCCCCUCUUUGAUGACAAGACAGGUCAUGGCACGCAAGCCCUUCAGAUCUGCUCCAGAGUGGCAGCUCCGGGAAACGUUACUAUCCGUGUUAAGGCUAAUGACAAAAGUGCCCUUGUGAGCUGGGAUGUGAAGUCACAGGAGGCAUGCAGUGGUGCCGCUGUUAACUACACCGUCUUCUACCGCACACAGGAUGGAGGACCACAGCUCAAUGUUACUGUCAAUGGCACAGAGUGCCAUUUGAAAGAUCUGAAUCCAGACACACAGUACAGUGUCUAUGUCAAGGCCACAGCUCUUACUGGAACUACCAAAAGCAGUGAGAACAGCUUUAAAACCAAAAGAUUUGGUCCAGGGAUCAUCACAGCAGUCAGUGUCUGCGGAAGCAUCAUAAUACUUCUUGUGUUAUCUCUUGGAUUAAGCUGUGCUGUUCAGUGGAAGAAAUUCAGGGAGAAGCCGGUGCCUAACCCUGGCAACAGUUCUGUGGCGUUGUGGCCAGCUUCAAGUCGUCAAGAGGGAAUGUGCCCUUUCCAGCCAUUCAGCAAUCCAACUGAAAGCCUCUGUGACAAGGUUUACACAGAAGAAACUCUGAGAAUGUCCAUCUCUCCACUAGUUACAAGCUGUAAUGGUAACCUAAUGAGUGACCAGACAGAUGAAUACGUUGACCCAGGCACGGUUCCAGCGCCGGAUGAACAGAAUGAAGACUUAGUUAAUCAUGCUGAGACACAGCAUCUAUCUUCUCCUGAUGAUUCCACUGCACUGCUUCCUUCAGAAACCAGCCCAUAUCGAAGUCAGACUUUUGUGGAAAGCCCUGUCUCAAAACCCAAUAAUCAUUGUAAGCGUCUUCCAGUGAAACAGCCAGAAAAGACAGCACUGGUGACGGUGUAUGUCACUUUGGACAUGUUUGAACAAGGUCAGGGCAGAUGAGAGAAAUGAAAACAAAACCAUAACCAUAGCAACAUUCUAAGAGUAAAGAGAAGUCAGUCAGCUCUGAAUGAAUUGGUUUAGGUUUGCCAAAGAAUUCCAUGAUUGUGUGUGGCAUUAUCCUGCUUGGCAAUAUGCCCACUGUGGAGUAAAAGAAGAAUGAUUGUAAACUUAUAUCAGACUUCAUAACCCAAGUCAUAAAAUACAAUGUUUUUGUGUAAAUAAAUGUACAUUUUGUGACUGUCUAUCCUUUAUUGAUACAAACAUGUAAUAUUUAUAGCUAAACAAUGUGUGUAGUAGCUGUUUUAUUGAGUCAACUUGAUGUCUUUUGCAGAGAUAUUAAAUAUAUGGAGAUAACUGCAUAUACCUCUAGCAACAUUUUUUGGUAUCAUUUAAUGCAGUCUAUGAAAGGAAUUUAUUUUUUGUUCAGUAGUGACAACAUAUACACCAAAAUGUGGACCAUUCAGAACUUUAAUAAAAACUACAUUCAUUUUAUGAAGUUUUUCUUUUUAUAAAGCAAUGAAAUUGGAGGCCACAUUAUGCGGUUGAAAUCAUUAAACAAAUGUGUGUUUGCAGACUGUAUUAUAUCACAAAGCCCAGGUUUGUCCAGUGAUAACAUGCUGAGGAUUUAUGUAAACGGUGAGAAUGAUAUUUUGCCUUUUGCUGUAAAAUUCAUAAUAUUAGCUAUGUAUUAUAAUAUUCUCAUAAGCCAUAUGCUUCCUGUCUGUUAUCAGUAAUAUCUGCACUUGUUAAAACUGUAGUAAACUGCUUGCUUGAAACUGGAAAACUUAAAUCAUUGCAAUUUGUUUCUGUACAAAUUGGCUUCAAAUGCAACAAUGACAUGUACUAUACAUAAGCUGCUUAAUAGUGUAACAUGUAUUGUUUUACAGCCAUUUUAAAUGUGCCUGAGUAUAGUAAGUAUAACUAUAGUCUUUUUGUAUAAAAUGCGGCACAGACUGCUUCAGAACUGCACUCAACAAGCUGUUUAUAGACAAUCUAAUGCAUUAUCACAUAUUUGACUAAUUUUUAUUACAUUUGUUUAACAAAGGACACUGCAGCAUUUAAUAUCAUUCCUGAAGCUGAAAAAUCACAAUGGGCAUGAAAUAAAGUACAGAAAUUUCGUGUUUUA